AUGGUUCCGUUCCUGACCCACGCAGGAGGCACCACCAUCAGCAAGAAGGAUGCACCCUGCAUCGUGCUGCCGCACCAGAGCGACUACGUGUCGCACAUCGCCUUGGACAUUGGUGGCUCCCUGAUUAAGCUCAUCUACUUUAGGAUGGACGACGACGAGGAGCGGCUGCAUGCCGCGGACGUGCAGAGCUGCAGCGUCCAUGGCGCAGCUGGGCGGCCGGCCAGGGGAGGCAAGCUCCACUUUGUAAAAUUUGAGACUGCAAAGGUGGAGGAGUGCAUCGCUUUCAUCGAGGCGAAGGGUCUGCACCGCAGCAACGAUGGCAGCGGCAUCAAGAUGCGUGUGAAAGCGACAGGCGGUGGGGCGUACAAGUUUGCAGAGCUGUUCAAGGAACGCCUCGGCCUCAUCAUUGAGGGCGAAGACGAGAUGGCGUGCAUGGUGGAAGGCUGCAACUUCUUCUUGAACGCUGUGCGCCACGAGGCCUUCCAGUACGAGAAUGGGCAGCUGCAGUUUGUCGACUUGCCCACAGCGGAGCACUACCCGUACCUGCUUGUUAACAUUGGCAGUGGCGUGAGCAUGGUGCGGGUGGAUGGGGAGAGCAAGUUCCAGCGCGUGUCAGGCACCAACAUUGGUGGUGGCACAUUUUGGGGCCUCUGCAAGUUGCUGACUGGGAUGGACAAUUUUGACGACAUUCUGUCCCUCAGCAGUCAGGGAGACAAUAGCAAUGUGGACAUGCUGGUGGGAGACAUAUAUGGCGGCAGGGACUACACAGGCAUUGGCCUGUCGGCCAACACAAUUGCUAGCAGCUUUGGCAAGGUCAUCAAUCAGCACCAGGAGCUGGAGCAAUACAACUCCGCUGACGUGGUUCAGUCGCUGUGUCGCAUGAUCAGCUACAACAUUGGACAGCUGGCAUAUCUCAACGCCAAGAGGUACAAUUUGAGCCGCAUAUUCUUUGGUGGAUUCUUCAUUCGCGGGCACCCCUACACAAUGGAGACCAUCAGCUUUGCAAUCCGCUUCUGGAGCAAGGGAGAAAUGGCGGCCAUGUUUCUUCGGCAUGAGGGGUUCCUGGGAGCAGGUUUGCUUGUCGCGUGCAGCAGCCAAGGCGGAUCUGUGCGGGCUCGCUUUGUGGAGCGCUUUAGCAUGGGCGCACCCGUCAUGGGUGGCGAGGUGCGGGGCCCUGCCAUCACAGGUCUGCCUGACAAGAUCAACUGGGUGGAGAAGUUCGUGGCGCAAGUGCGGCGUGCGACUGCCUCUGCAGACGUUUCCGAUGCACUUGCAGCAGCGGCGGCGGCAGCAGCCCAGCGGCAGCAGCAACGCAUCAACUUCCAUGUUGGGGUGCUGCACUUUACCCCAUCUUCUGAGCCUUUCCCGCUGCUGGCCGAAGCAGUUGAGGCUUACAACCCUUCCACGAUCGACAUCAACAAUGAUGCAGAGCAGAUACCACAAGUGGUGGAGAAGGCGGCAACAAGUGAGGGCAGUACCUCCGAGGCGCAGCGCCGGGCGGCAGCCUUUGGGCGGGCGCUGGACCUGCACCUCACUCGUCUCAGGAGCAAGCCUGGCGCGUACGGACAGCUGGGCCUGGCAGACUUGUUUGAACUGCGCGAGGAGUGCUUGCGCGAGUUUGGUUUUGCAGACGUUUAUAGGCAAGCAGCUUGGCGUGAGAACAGCGCAGCCCUGGAGGUGCUGCCUGACCUGCUGGCAGAGCUGGACCAGAUGCCGCCGCCGCAGCGCCUGCUUGCACUCGGCGUGCUAGCUGCCAAUAUCUUCGACUGGGGCGCCAAGGCUUGUGUGGAUUUGUAUCUUAAUGCCACCAUCCUGGAGAUGUACAGAGAGGCCCGCACCAAGCUCAGCCAGCGACCAUGGAGAGUGGACGACUUUGAUGAGUUUGCAGAGGCAAGCAUCAACAGCACGGUUGUCAGCCCCUACCAGCGCGUGAUGAUGUUUGUGGACAAUGCGGGUGCGGAUGUGGUGCUUGGCAUGCUGCCAUUUGCACGGGAGCUGCUACGGAUGGGUGCUGAGGUUGUGCUGGUUGCCAACUCGCUGCCGGCUAUCAACGACAUCACGGCGGGCGAGUUGCGAAGUGUUGUUGCCAAGGCAGCGGAGGCAUGUCCCAUCAUCCGUGCAGCUCGCGAUGCAGCAGUAACUGCUGAGGCAGCAAAUGGCGGCCGGGUGCCCCCUGUACCAGGCUCGCUGUUCAUCGUGGCCAGCGGCCAUGGCAGCCCGUGCUUGGACCUGCGGCGAGUCAGCAGCGAGGUGGCAGACGCAGCUGCAGGCACCGAUCUGGUUGUGAUCGAGGGCAUGGGCCGCAGUGUGCACACAAAUUGGGGUGCACUGUUCAAAUGCGACGCACUGAAGCUGUCGAUGAUCAAGAACCAGCACUUGGCGGAGACGCUUUUUGGGGGCAAUAGCUUCGAAUGUGUGUGCCGCUUUGACGAGGGCCUGGAUUACUGAUUUGGUUUCACUAAAUUGCGUCCCUUGCUCUCCCUUCAAACCUUGCUUACACGCCGCAAUGGAGGCAAUGAAACGAUCAAGUGCUGCUGAACGGGAAGGUGUGACAUAUUUUGUUGCAUGCUCGAGUUGCCCAGCAAUUUAAAUGGCAGCAAAGUAUUCCUGCAGAAAGCAAAGGGGGCAGGAUUGGUUGUGUCGGCUAGCAGGGGCGGAAGGCACGCAGCCACAAGAUUGAGGCAGCAGUCAGCUUCAAGAACCCUCACCUUGCUGCCGGUUGGGUCCGGCUUCAUGGUGGCCGCGCCUGCAUCCGGGAAAAGAAUGUUGGUACAAGAAAAUUGGGUGAAAGUGUCCUGUGCACGGGCAAUGCUUCAACCCAUGACGGAACGCCCGCAACCAGGUGCUCAAACCACACAACCCUGCGACUGCUUUUAACUCACCAGGCUUCCAGCCAGCAGGGCACACCUCGUCGGGGUGGGCCUGCACAUACUGCAGCGCCUGCAUUCCGGGCAAAGGCACCAGUUCUCGACGCGUCAGACCUUCUCAACGGAGAAACGUCAGGGAGGAGAUAGCAGCCCAAGACAAAGCACACACACCUGCAGCACGCGCAGCGUCUCGUCCACGUUGCGCCCGAAGGCCAGAUUGUUGAUGGUGCUGUGCUGCACAAUGCCCUCGCGGUCGAUGAUGAAGAGGCCGCGCAGCGCCACGCCAUCGGGCGCCAGCACGCCGUAGGCCUCGCUGAUCUCGCGCUUCAAGUCGGCCACCAGCGGGUACUUGAG